CGACACCACGUCAAAAACCACCAACCCUCAACAACAACAAAUAUCCCCUCGACCUUGUUGCGGCUACCGCGGAACAUAUUCGCUAAAUGAAGUUUUCUACUUCUUCGUAUUCAAGAAACUACGAGCUAUUUUGGAGUAAGCCAGUGUCACACCCUCACAACGCUGGUAUCCGGCGGCACCGGAAAUAAAGACCCUCCCCCGGCUUGGAGUUCCAUUCUCUCCGACUCCGGCUGAAGACUCAGGACUCAUCUGCAACUCACCGUUCUUGUCGUCCUUCUGCAUAGAAAACAGGCGACUGACACGCCGUCUCAUCGACCUCGAAAGCCAUGAGUGACAAGUCUCAGGUCGACGUGGGAGAGGCCGUUGCUGCGAGCGGCGUCAAGCCGCUGGUGGGCUUCCUGGGCCCCCAGGCCUCGUAUACGCAUCAGGCGUCGUUGCAAGCUUUCCCCGAACAGGACUGGGAUCUGAAACCCAUCGUGACCAUCACAGACAUCUUCGAGGUCGUACAGGCCGGCGAGGUCGCCUUCGGCGUCGUCCCCGUCGAGAAUUCGACCAACGGGUCUGUGCUGUUCACGCUCGACAACUUCGCCGACCGCAACGGUCUGUACCCGGACAUCUCGGUGUGCGGCGAGAUUUACCUGGACGUGCACCACUUCCUUGUCGGCCACCGCCCGUCCCGCACCCUCGACGACGCUGCCGGCCCUAACGACGGCUCCGGCGCCUGCACCCCGACGGCGUCGGACCCGAACCCGCUCAAGCCCCGGACCAAGCCGCUGUGCAGCCUGAAGCACGUCCAGCGUCUGUACUCCCACCCGCAGGCCUGGGGCCAGUGCGUCGCCUUCCUGCAGACCUACCUUAAGGGCAUCGAGGCCAUCGAUGUGAGCUCCACGAGCCGCGCCGCCGAGCUUGUCGCCGCCGACGAGUCGGGCACCAGCGCCGCCAUCUCGAGCGAGAUCGCCGCCCGCCUGCACGGCAUCGACGUGCUGGCCCGCACCAUUGAGGACCGCGAGGACAACACGACGCGCUUCUUCAUCAUCCGCAAUGACCGCCACCCGCCCGCCAGGAUGCCCCGCCACUGCGAACGCAAGAGGGACAGGACCAAGUCCAUGGUGUCGUUCACGGUGCCGCACGAGGGGCCCGGUGCGCUGGCCGACGUGCUCGACUGCUUCCGUCGGUACAAGCUCGACCUCACGAGCAUCAACAGCAGGCCGAGCCUGACGGCGCCGUUCAACUACGUUUUCUUCGUCGAGUUCCAAGGGCACAGGUCCCAGGACCCGGACGAAAGGGUCAAGGGAGCGCUGGAAGGUGUGGCUCGGGUGGCGGAGAACUGGCGGUGGCUAGGGAGCUGGGAGGACCAGCGAUCGUGAGACGCGGUGGGGGAAGGGGGAAGAGAGAAAGAGGAGGAAUUAGGCAAGGCCUUGGCCCACCGGUUGGGAUCUGAUGACUCCUAUCCUUGGCCUCCAGGCUCCUCCUAUUGCCUCCUUAUUUCAGAGGAAACCCCCACGCCCACAAGGACCCUGUCAGCGUCGGUACUCGAGAAUUGAUGUCGGUGUGGCCAAACCCCAACCGGUCCUGGCGACGGCCGGCAAUCUCUGAGAGGGAUUUGCCUCCUGGUCUAUGAUACAUCUGGCUACUUUUUGAGAGAGAGAGAGAGAGAGAGAAAGCGACUGGGAGAGUCGCAGGCUACGAGUGGAGGGGCGGGCGGCGUCGGUAGGUAGGCAAACAAGGGAGUCGAUUGGACGGAACAGGCCUGGGCUGGCUGACGACAUCGCAGCUAUGUCGAUUCGAGAUAAGAGGUGCAUCGGAGGACUCAGGGCUGGGACAAGGAACGUGGGAUGGUUCCCCCGUUUUGGCUUUCCCACUCUUAGCCAUUGUGUAAUGGAAUCAGCGACUCGCCGCCGCGGAAGUAGAGUCUGUCUGCCUGUCUGUCUGCUGUUGGGCCCCUCUUCCUCCUCCUCCUCUCGAGUCUAGG